AUGGGAGGAGAAGAAAAGGGUUUUGUGAAGAAAAUGGGCGAUGUGUUUGUGACUUUGAGGUUUAACCACGGAGGUAAUUUAGAACAAACCCCUCGUAUUAAGUAUGUUGGAGGUAGUGUGACAGAUUAUUUUGAUGUUGAUCUUGAUAAAUUCUCUUAUUUUGAGCUUGUUUACUAUGUUAAAGAAAUCGGAACCUAUUGUGGUCCCCCCCCUGCUCUUCCACCUAUUACCCCUGUGGGUGGGGAAUCUUUUACUACUUUUGAUAACCCCACAUGUGAAGAUAUAAAUGAAAAGGUUGGGGCAGGUGAGGGUAGUCAAACAUUUGGGGGUAGUGAAGGCUUAGGGUUUGAAGAGGCUGCUGGUCUUGAUGAACCCUUGGGUGGGACUGAGGCUGCUACUGCAGCUGAUGAUGAUAAUGAUUCUGACUUAGAAAGUGAGAGUGAAUCUGAGGAGUCUGACAAUGUAGUGGUAGAGGAAGGUGAAGAAGAAGAAUUUGAUAGUGAUGUCCAUGAGGAGCAUAGGAAUCUAAGGAAAGAUAGGGUGGCUCUAAAAUCAAAAAAGAAGAAAGAAAAGGCUAAGAGAUCUGAAGGGAUAGAUUUAGGGGUCAAAUGCUUUGAAAUAGAGACUGAUGAUGAAGUUGAUGACGAAGAUGUGGUUGAAAAGCCUACCAAAAAGUCAAGGAGACCAAAAAGAAUUAGAAAUAGGGUUAUUUUUUAUCCUAAGUGUAAAGAAAUAGUUUGGGAGACUGGUCUUGGAUUUGAAAGUGCUAAACAGUUUAGGAAAGCACUUACUAGGUAUGCAGUUCAAGAACAUGUAGAGUUGGAUAAAUAUGUCAAUGAAUCAACUAGGGUGAGGGUAAAGUGUACUGCUGGAUGUCCAUGGUUAUUGUUUGCCAGUUUUGAUUCUAGAACAAAUGAUUUUGUUGUGAAGAAUUAUAAUCCUGUUCACAAGUGCAAUGGCACAACAAAGAACAAGUUGGUAAAUUCUUUGUAUAUUUCAGAAAGGAUUGUGGAAAGGAAAGCCAGAAGCAUUGUUUUGCAACAAAUCAUGGGUGACAAUGUAGAGGAGUUCAAAAGAAUUUUGGAUUAUAGGGAUGAGCUUUUAAGGACUAAUCCAGGUAGCACAUGUGUGGUUAGGCUGAGUGAAGAAACUUUUGAAGGUGGAGUCAAAAGGUUUCAGUCCUUUUAUAUAUGUUUUGAUGCCAUGAAGAAGGCAUUCAAGGCUAGUUGUAGGAGGGCAAUUGGGUUGGAUGGGUGUUUUUUAAAAGGUGUUAGUAAAGGGCAAAUGCUUGUGGCUGUUUGUAAAUAUGGGAACAACCAGAUGCUACCACUGGCUUGGGCAGUGGUUGAAGUUGAGAAUGCUUUUACUUGGAGAUGGUUUGUCAACAUUCUAAGGCAUGAUCUUGAGCUUGGAGAUGAGACUGGUUUGACAACUCUUUCAGAUAUGCAAAAGGGUCUGGAUAUAGCCAUUAAGGAUCUGCUGCCAAAUGCAGAACAAAGAAUAUGUGCAAGACAUGUGCUUGCCAUUUUUUCCAAAAAAUGGAAAGGCAUAGAGAUUAGAAACUGCUUCUGGAGAUGUGCUAAGUCCACAUAUGAGAAGGAGUUGCAAAAAAAUUUGGAUUAUAUGGAGAAGUUAGGUGAUGGAAUAAAUGGAGAUUUGUUGUAUUACAACAUAGAUAGGUGGUCCAAGGUCUACUUUAAAUACCUCAGCUGUUGUGAUAGUGUUGACAACAACAUGGCCGAAAGUUUUAAUUCCUGGAUUUUGGGGCCAAGCCACAAGACCAUUAUCACAAUGCUUGAGGAAAUUAGAGUCAAAAUGAUGAGAAGGGUAGGACAACUAAGAGAGUUUUCUGAGACUUGGAUAACAAACAUCAGCCCAAUGGCUUUGAAGGUAUUGCAAGAGAACACAUCAAAGUCAAUGAAGUGUACUGUUGAAUGGAAUGGUGAAUAUGGCUUUGAGGUCAAGGACAGCUGGGGUAAUAAAUUCAUAGUAAAUCUGAACAGUAAUACCUGCACUUGUAAAUCUUGGAUGCUGAAAGGUAUUCCCUGCUGUCAUGCCAUAGCUGCACUUCAUUUCAGAAAAUUGGAACCUAUUCACUAUGUUGCACAUUAG